AUGUCGACGGACCAGAGUCUGUCAAACGAGACGCUUAUGGAGCGAUAUCCCGAAUAUGCGUCGACGGCGAUUCUCGACGAAUUGCGAGCGGAGGAGUAUUCCUUCCUUGACGAGCACAGACACGUAUAUUUGGACUAUACUGGUGCAGGUCUCGCUUCCCAUUCUCAACACCGAGCCCAUCACGAGCAGCUCAAGCACGGGACGUUCGGAAACCCCCACUCGAGUAACCCAACCAGCCGGGCCGCUACGGACCUGGUCGACGAGACGCGGCAACGAAUACUGCAGCACUUUUCCGCAUCGCCGGAGGAGUACGCAGUCAUAUUCACACCAAAUGCGACGGGCGCGGCACGGCUCGUCGGCGAAUCGUAUGCGUGGCGGCGUGGCGCUCGGCUGGUCCUGACGGCGGACAACCACAACUCGCUGAAUGGCCUGCGCCAGUUUGCGGAAAGGGGAAAGUCGCGAACGGUAUAUGUGCCGAUCGCUGACGCAGACGAGCUGCGCAUCCGAGAAGCAGACGUGGUGGCCGCGCUGUCUCACAACAGAACACCAGUCUGCUUACCGCGAACCUGGUUCGAGAAGAGCAAGGCAAGCGGCACGAGCAGCCGCCGGGGUCUGUUUGCGUAUCCGGCACAGAGCAACUUUACCGGCGUCCGCCAUCCGCUGUCCUGGAUUCGCCUAGCGCAGGAGCAAGGGUACGAUGUGCUUCUGGAUGCAGCCGCGUACCUGCCGACAGCGAAGCUAGACCUGUCCACGCUCAAGCCCGAGUUUAUCAUGGUCAGCUGGUACAAGCUCUUUGGGACGCCCACCGGCGUCGGGUGCCUCAUUGCGCGACGAGACGCGCUGGCUCGGCUCCGCAGGCCGUGGUUCUCGGGCGGUACCGUGCAGGCCGCGACGGUCGGCUUGCCCUGGCACCUCAUGGAGGACGGCGAGGCCGGGUUCGAAGACGGCACCGUCAACUUUUUAUCCAUUCCCGACGUCACCGUCGGACUCGACUGGCUCUCCCACAUCGGCGUCGACACCGUAGCCACGCGCGUGCGCUGCCUGACGGGGUGGCUGCUCGAGCGGCUGCUCGCGCUCGCCCACAGCGACGGCAGUCCUCUCAUUGUCCGCUACGGGCCGGUCGACGUGCGCGGCCGCGGCGGCACCGUCUGCUUCAACAUUGUGGACGGGUCCGGGGCCGUGGUCGACGAGCGGCUCGUGGCGACCGAGUCGGCGAAGGCGGGCAUUUCCCUGCGCACGGGCUGCUUUUGCAACCCGGGCGCGGGCGAGGCGGCGCUGGGCAUCACAGGCCGUGGUCUGCGCCGCCUGGUGCGGGCGCGCGCAGAGUCGUACCAAGACUUUGUCGACGCUCUGGACGGGACGGCGGUCGGGGCCAUCCGCGUAUCGCUCGGCAUCGCGUCGGUGGCGGCGGACGUGGAUGCCCUGGUGGCGUUUGUGGAGGAGACAUAUCGGGACAGGGUGGUGACGACCACGAAUCUGCCGCCGCGCACGAAAUGCUGA